UAAAAAUAAGACAGGCAGCAGGUGAAUUUAGAUGAAAACUAUGAGAGAAUAGAAAAUAAUUUUUAAGAGCAUAUGGUUGACCUUAAAAGUGGGAACAGUUUUUCCUUACAACUAGUAGAAAAUGAAAACAGAUAAUACAAGGAAAAAUGACACAAGAAGAGAGCAAUUGAAUUUCUGUUUUGUCACAUCUCUCAAUGUGUGAAUCAUCUGAAAGUGAACUGAUGGAAAUGACGUUGAGAAUUUGAGAAGAGAGGGAAGAGAAUAUGGAAGAAUCUCUGUAAGCGAGAGGGAGGAAUUAAUUAUGAAUUCACUUGAGAGCCCAACUGAGGUAAAGGUGAGAGUAAAUUUGAAGAGAAUAGUCAUGGUUAAGUGACAAUAUUGAGCAGCUUAAUAGGAAGAAUAGAGAAAAUGGAUUGUCAGGGUAACUGCAUGUUGGAGGCUAAAAAGAAUGUUAGAGGAGUAAUAUAAAUAGGUGAAUGACUCUAGAGUGUCUGGAAGGGCAUAUUUUAAAUGGUUGACUAUGUAGUCUAAUUAUGUGAAAAGGUAAAUAAAGAAAUGCGGAGCCAGAUAGAAAGAAUUAGAAGAGAAAUACUAUGUUAGUAAAAGUAAUGGAGCAGGAGAGGAUGAUGAGGGUAAGAGAAUACCAAAUACUCUGCCUAAAUUUUCAGAGGAGAGCAGAGCUAUGGAAAUAAACCCAACAGUCAUUUCCUAUAGAGUUGUGCACAGAACAGGCCAGAUAAUUAUUGGAGCUAUGAUAUAUUUUUCGUUACACCAUUUGGCCUGGGAUUUUGUGGCUUGGUAGAGAUAGUUAUAACAACAGAUAAAAGUAAGAUCCUCUUCCUUUUUUCCUCGCUAAAGAUAUGUUAACAUCUUUGUCUAGCUAUUGUUUCUUGGAAAAUUAAAGUCAAUUUAAAUGACGGCAAGGUUUUACUCAGUGAUGAUGAAGUAAGAUGGAGAGAGAAAAUGGAAAAUUUAACCUACUGGUUAAAUUCUGUUUAACCAGGACGCCUAUUCGGGCUACAAUGCGUGGCUUUCGUAUAAAUUGCAGCCGGCGGCGGUAAGUUAAAUUCUACUAAGUAAAUAGGAUAUUAGUUCCAGGCAUAUUUUAUAAAAACAGAAUCGAAAACCUUAGAGCAUUGUUGUUUAUAAAUUAUUGUGUUUAUGCACAUACACACACUCACAUACAAAAUCCCACACAUAUUGACUGAACACUUUCUUUUGAAUAUAAAUAUCUACAUCUCAAGUCACAUUGAAGGAAAUUUAUAAAUAUGAUGUAUUUAUUCAAAAUCUGAUAUAUCAGUUACCAAUAUUUUUCACCUUCACCGAUUUUAUUCUUAUGUGAUUGUUAUGUUUCCUUUUGGAGUCAAUGGCUGUUGUGUGAGGAGGUCUUGAAAAAUAUUACAGGAAGAGGACAGUACCACAAAAACCUACAUGACUAUGCAAAACUACCGAUCAAUUGUCCCAAAACGAGUGUCGAAUAUUCUUUGUCUUAAAGUUCUGCAUGGAAUUCUUACACAUGGAAAAGUAAAUUUGUGGCAAAAUGAAACUCAUCAACCAAUUGUCAGCUAAUAUAAAAUGUUGAGCAGAAUGCAGUGACUUGCUGUUUCUGGGAAGGUAAACAUUUAAUCUUCAAUUACAUAUUUGCAGUGAAAAUGUCAGGAAAUGCAAGGGGAAAAAAUACUACAUCAAUGGAAAAUAUGAAGACUGAGUCAUACUUACACUUACACGUUCAUGCGCAUGGUGUCGCUCUUCACUGAGAACGUUUCCGCGAAGAAAAAGCCGCCGUUUCUUCCUGCAGAAAAUAUAGCAGAAAGCGGAAUACUUCUUGCGAAUCCUUCCGCACUAGGAAGCCAUAAGAAUUGGGCCUUGAGAGGCAGUUUGAGGUAAGGCGUUGUAUGUAUUGCAGAUAGCUCUGAGGUUUUUGGAGUGUACCAUGCUGUCUUCCUGGCAAGGAGGCCCAAGACCGCGGCAACUACUGCUCUGGCUUCUGAUCCUCGCAGCCUGGGAGACGGGUAGUGGCCAGCUCCACUACUCCGUCCCCGAGGAAGCAAAACACGGAACCUUCGUGGGCCGCAUCGCUCAGGACCUGGGGCUGGAGCUGGCGGAGCUGGUGCCGCGCCUGUUCCGGGUGGCGUCCAAAACACACGGGGACCUUCUGGAGGUAAAUCUGCAGAAUGGCAUUUUGUUUGUGAAUUCUCGGAUCGACCGCGAGGAGCUGUGUGGGCGGAGCGCGGAGUGCAGCAUGCACCUGGAGGUGAUCGUGGACAGGCCACUGCAGGUUUUCCAUGUGGAGGUGAAGGUGAGGGACAUUAACGACAACCCGCCCAUAUUCCCUGAAAGCAAGAAACGAAUAAUCAUUGCAGAAUCUAGACCUCCGGAAACUCGAUUUCCACUAGAUGGCGCAUCCGAUGCAGAUAUUGGAGUAAACUCGGCAUUGACCUACCGACUGGAUCCCAACGAUUAUUUCACUUUGGACGCACAAAAUAGUCUUGAGCAAAUGUCUUCAUUAUCACUUGUACUGAGGAAAACACUGGACAGAGAGGAAAUUCAGGAACAUAGUUUAUUACUGACAGCCAGUGAUGGAGGUAAACCCGAGCUGACUGGCACAGUUCAGCUGCUCAUCACGAUUCUGGACGUGAAUGACAACGCCCCGGAAUUUUACCAAUCCGUUUAUAAAGUGACGGUGUUAGAGAACGCAUUCAAUGGAACAUUAGUGAUCAAGCUAAAUGCCACAGAUCCUGAUGAUGGUACAAAUGGAGAUAUAGUUUACUCAUUUAGAAGGCCUGUAUCGCCUGCAGUGGUAUAUGCAUUUACCAUAAAUCCGAACAAUGGAGAAAUUAGGACAAAAGGCAAACUAGAUUUCGAAGAAAAGAAAUUGUAUGAAAUAUCCGUGGAGGCAGUUGACAAAGGAAAUAUUCCAAUGGCGGGUCAUUGUACCCUUUUGGUGGAAGUACUAGAUGUAAAUGAUAACGCCCCAGAGGUUGCCAUCACUUCUUUGUCACUUCCCAUCAGAGAAGACACUCAGCCUAGCGCCAUCAUUGCCCUAAUCAGUGUGUCCGAUCGGGACUCUGGCUCAAAUGGACAGGUCACCUGCACCCUGACGCCGCACGUCCCCUUCAAGCUGGUGUCCACCUACAAGAAUUACUACUCAUUAGUGCUGGACAGAGCCCUGGACCGCGAGAGCGUAUCAGCCUAUGAACUGGUGGUGACCGCGCGGGACGGGGGCUCGCCUUCGCUAUGGGCCACGGCCAGUGUGUCCGUGGGGGUGGCCGACGUGAACGACAACGCGCCGGCGUUUGCGCAGCCCGAGUACACGGUAUUCGUGAAGGAAAACAAUCCGCCGGGCUGCCACAUCUUCACGGUGUCUGCGCAGGACGCGGACGCACAGGAGAACGCUCUGGUCUCUUACUCGCUGGUGGAGCGGCGGGUGGGCGAGCGCGCGCUGUCGAGCUACGUGUCGGUGCACGCGGAGAGCGGCAAGGUGUACGCGCUGCAGCCGUUGGACCACGAAGAACUGGAGCUGCUGCAGUUCCAGGUGAGCGCGCGCGAUGCGGGCGUGCCGCCUCUGGGCAGCAACGUGACGCUGCAGGUGUUCGUGCUGGACGAGAACGACAACUCGCCGGCGCUGCUGACGCCCGGGGCUGGCAGCGCGGGAGGCACAGUGAGCGAGCUGGUGCCGCGGUCGGUGGGUGCAGGCCACGUGGUGGCGAAGGUGCGCGCGGUGGACGCCGAUUCGGGCUACAAUGCGUGGCUUUCGUAUGAAUUGCAGCUGGCGGCUGUCGGCGCGCGCAUCCCUUUCCGCGUGGGGCUGUACACUGGCGAGAUCAGCACGACGCGCACUCUGGAUGAGGUGGACGCGCCGCGCCACCGCCUUCUGGUGCUGGUGAAGGACCACGGUGAGCCCGCGCUGACGGCCACGGCAACGGUGCUGUUGUCGCUGGUGGAGAGCGGCCAAGCGCCACAGGCGUCGUCGAGGGCGUCGGCAGGUGCUGUGGGUCCAGAAGCGGCGCUGGUGGAUGUCAAUGUUUACUUGAUCAUUGCCAUCUGCGCGGUGUCCAGCCUGUUGGUGCUCACGCUGCUGCUGUAUACUGCGCUGCGGUGCUCGGCGCCGCCCACCGAGGGCGCGGGCGCGCCGGGCAAGCCCACUCUAGUGUGCUCCAGCGCGGUAGGGAGUUGGUCGUACUCGCAGCAGAGGCGGCAGAGGGUGUGCUCUGGGGAGGGCCCGCAUAAGACGGACCUCAUGGCUUUCAGUCCCAGCCUUCCUCCUUGUCUGGGUUCUGCAGAGGGAACAGGCCAGAGGCAGGAGGACUCAGAAUGCUUGAACGAGGUAAGCUUAUAUUUUAAAAAAUUGUCUUAGUAAACACAUUAGCCUUCCUUGCAGUUGUUUGUUUAAGGCACCUUUCCUGCCAAUUUCAAAUUAUUCUUUAAUUUUAAUUUUGCUAGUUGUUAUCGAAUUUAACAACUCUGCUGGGACAUUAUGUGUUGGAUUAUCCUUCAGAGUGAAAUCUUAACUCAGAAACCAUAAUGAAAUGUGCAAAACAAGAAUAUUUUGUUUCUGUUGUAUUCUUAAUAGUUCUAAGUAUUUAUCAUGCAAUUGAGCAUUUACAAAAAAUUCCUCACGUUGUGAGAACUUAAACAUUUAGGAAAUGUUUGUUUUAAUGAGGCUAAUCAUAAUCUUAAAUUUAAAAAAUUUUUAAUCUAAUGUAUGCAUAUACCCACAUAGAUAUUAUUUUAAGAGCCCCAUAACUUUUCACAUAAAUGCUUUUUUUAAGUGCACUUUUCUUUCUUUUUUUUUUUUUAACCUGUUUUGAUUGUCUCUACUUUUUUGUCCUCUAGGCACAUCAGUGUUCCUCCUCAUAUAU